UCUCUCCACUGCCCCGAAACUGACACCGGGAGCGCCGAUUUCACUCCACACAACCCCUGCUCUUCCCCCGCCCGCGCGCCGCAGGAGUUCCCCAGAUCUCCAUCCGGUCCCAGGAGCUCCGACCCCUCUCCAAUGGCGGUCAAGGUCUACGUCGUGUACUAUUCCACGUAUGGACAUGUUGGUAAACUAGCUGAAGAGAUCAAGAAAGGUGCCUCGUCUGUUGAAGGUGUUGAGGCCAAAAUAUGGCAGGUCCCUGAAACUCUCCCUGAGGAAGCGCUCGGAAAGAUGGGCGCACCCCCUAAACCUGAUGUGCCAGUUAUCACACCGCAAGAGCUUGCUGAGGCUGAUGGAAUCCUCUUCGGGUUCCCGACGAGGUUUGGCAUGAUGGCAGCGCAAAUGAAGGCGUUCUUCGACGCCACUGGUGGCCUGUGGAGGGAGCAGAGCCUCGCUGGCAAGCCCGCUGGCAUCUUCUUCAGCACCGGAACCCAGGGAGGUGGCCAAGAGACCACACCGUUGACAGCGAUUACCCAGCUGACUCACCACGGCAUGGUGUUUGUGCCGGUGGGCUACACCUUCGGCGCCAAGCUGUUUGGCAUGGACCAGGUUCAGGGUGGCAGCCCCUACGGCGCCGGCACUUUCGCUGCUGACGGCUCGAGGUGGCCGAGUGAAGUGGAGCUGGAGCACGCCUUCCACCAGGGGAAGUACUUCGCAGGCAUCGCGAAGAAGCUCAAGGGGUCUGCUUGAUGGCUCUGAUCUUUGGCUCAUACCUAAUCAACAAUUUAAAACAUUUACAGCUCCACCAUACCGUCAAUAGCUUGGUCUGUUCUCUCGUAGUGCCUGGAUGCUGUGUGCCUCUGUGGGCACGUCCUGCCGUGUGAUAUGGUUUUCUUGCUCUGGUGACUUGGUUGUAAUCUGGAGUUGAACUGUUGUGUUUCUCGUCGCAUAAAUAUCGAUCAUUGCUGAAGUAAAUGGCUUCCA